GUGACUUAACGUUGCACUCAUGUCAUUUUCUUUACAGAAAAACUGAGUAAUUUCCUGAAUAUGUUGACCUAAAAACAUCGAAGUCACCUUCUUUCUCUGGCGUUGAUAUUCUCUCCAUUCUACCCAUACCCUGCAACUCACCACCGUGUUCUCAUGGCACACCACUCCGACAACCUGGGCGAACUCAGACUCUCGGACCCUACCGACAUGGGUUCCGUCUUAAAUAGGAGGACUUGAGCCAGGGACUGCCCAACUGUGGGAGAAAUUAAAAUCUUUAAUAUAAUGGAUCUGCGGAAUUGGGAUUCUUAAGCUCGAUUUGUAAUUGGCCGAAGGUGAAGAAGAAUCUAAAGUAGAGUUUUGUAGCAGAAAUUCGACACAAUGUAGUUCUGCGGAAUCAAUACAAUUACAACCUGCAAUUUCAGAAUCAUUCAAAGUGGUUUCUGUGCUUUUUCUUUUUCAUUGUCAUGUGCCCUGUUUCCCCAUUUGUUUUACAAAAUUUGCAUUGUGUUUAUAGUCAAUCGAUUUAUCCCUGUUACUACUUGAUUGAAUCUUUUGUUGGCUCGUGAAUAGUGUGCCUAGUGUGUAGAAAUCUCGUAUAUGUCUUUAAUUUUAUUGUUCCUCUAAAGUACUGUCCUCGUCUCAUGAAUUGUGUGAUUUGUAUGCUUCCUUUAGGGUGUGCUGUCAAGUGUAUGAAAUAUGUUCUUGAUUGUUGAGUUUGGUGGUUAAAAAUGGCAUAAGUUUGGUCCCUAAGUGCAGAUUUCUGUGAGUGUAUGUCCUUUUUUAGCUCAUCAAUAGUGUCUAGUGUGUAGAAAUCUCAUGUAUGUCUUUAAAUUUAGUGUUCCUAAUUAAGAUCUAUCCUCAACUCAUGAGUUGUGUCACUUGUGUGUUUGGUAUGCUUCCUUUAGCUUUAGGGCGCCCUUUUGGGUGUAUGAAAUAUGUUCUUUUUUAUUGAGUAUGUUGGUUAAAAAUGGCGUAAGUCUGGUUCCUUGGCGCAGAUUUUGUUGAGUGCAUAUCCUGUUUUAGCUUGAUUUCAAUUCAUUUCAUGUUUGAGUUGAUUUUACUGAUGUAAUGAGUUAAUUUUGUGUGUUUUGAGUGUAAUUGGCAAUAAAUUUUGAGCAAAGCA